AUGACUGAGGCGCAGCCUCUCAGCUACCAGGAGGGUCGGGGAGUCCUGGACUCGGACAUUCGUGCUGGUCUCCUGGCACUGCUGGGGACUCCACCUGAGGCCAUGGGCCCGCCCCCAAGACAGACGUGGCUCAUGUGGCGGCUCUGCCAGCUGGCAGGUGUCAGUCCUGGCAGGCCUGAGGAGGAGCGGGCUGCACUGUCCCUGUCCUGGGGCUCUAGCGUCCAGGUGUUCCACAGGGUCCCAGAGGCUGAGGAAGGGUCCUUCUGGGCCCUCCCGGUGUUGGUGGUGGUCCUGCUGGUCGGCUUCCUGUGCACGGACACUGGACUGCUCACUCUCCUGCUCAGUGGCCCCGCUGAGGGACCGCCUGUCACCAACAUCAUGUUCCUCAAGACGCACAAGACGGCCAGCAGCACCGUGCUCAACAUCCUCUACCGCUUCGCUGAGGGGCACAACCUGACCACAGCACUGCCCGCCGGCUCCCGCUUCCACCUGGGCUAUCCCUGGCUCUUCCUGGCACGCUACGUGGAGGGUGCCCAGCAGGGCAGCCCUGGAGCUCCUCGGCACUUCAACAUCAUGUGCAACCACCUGCGGUUCAACCUGCCCGAGGUGCAGAAAGUCAUGCCCAACAACACCUUCUACUUCUCCAUCCUGAGAAACCCGGUGGCGCAGCUGGAGUCCUCCUUCGUCUACUACAAGGACUCCGUGCCGGCCUUCCGCGGCCUCCGGAGCCUGGACGAGUUCCUGGCCGAGCCGCAGCGGCACUACGACGCCAGCCUGGGCCUGCGGAACGCCUACGCCAGGAACCACAUGUGGUUCGACCUGGGCUUCGACAACAACGCGGCGGCGGAGGAGGGCUACGUCCGCGCGCGCCUGGCCGAGGUGGAGCGGCGCUUCCAGCUGGUGCUCAUCGCCGAGCACUUCGACGAGUCCCUGGUGCUGCUGCGGCGCCGGCUGCGCUGGCGCGUGGACGACGUCGUCUACUUCAGGCUGAACGCGCGCAGCCAGCGCACGGUGGCCCGCCUGGCGCCCGAGAGCCCGGAGCGCGCCAAGCGCUGGUGCGCGCUCGACUGGCGCCUCUACCAGCACUUCAACCGCACGCUCUGGGCCCGGCUGCGCGCCGAGCUGGGCCCGCGCCGCCUGCGCGCCGAGGUGGCGCAGCUGCGCGCGCGGCAGCGUGAGCUCGCCGGCCUGUGCCUGCAGGACCCGGCGCCCGAGAACUCCACGCGGAUCACCGACCCGGAGCUGCGUCCCUACCAGUCGGGCGCGGCCGACAUCCUGGGCUACAACCUCAGGCAGGGUCUGGACAACGCCACGCUGCGCCUCUGUCAGAGAAUGGUGACGCCAGAAAUCCAGUACAUGGCCCGUCUCUACUCCCUGCAGUUCCCAGAAAAGCCCCCCAAGAACAUCCCCUUCCUGGAAAAUAAGGGGCCCGGUGCCAGGGAGAGGCCCUGAUGGACCCGCCGGCUCCUCUCGCUCUGGUCUUCCCUGGGAGACCCAGGCAGCACCAGACCACACUCCAAGGUGAAGAACAGGGUGAAGACCCUUGUGAAGGCACCCACCUCCAAGGGACACCAGGGUGUGACAGUGGGCCCGUGUGAGUGCUGGUCAACCUGCCCGUCAGGGCAUGCUGCUGGGCAGAGCUGGCAGCUUUCCAUCUGUGGCUGCUCAUUUGAGGAGUAUUACUGACCAAGGAACAGUUCAGACUGAGAGAUGUCAAAACUGCCUAGAGGACUAAUUAGCCUGAGCUGAUCUGUAACAGGUGGAACCAGCUCCAUGGCUCCUUGCACAGACCGUCCUCAGAUGUCCAUCAGAGGAAAAAGUGAGCACCUGGUUGCCUUGGAGGCCAUGUUGGAUGUGGUCUCAGGGCUGCCCCUUUGUCCGCGGUGAGGAGUGCCUGAGGCCCUGCCUGGUAGUACAUGCUCCCUGUUCCUGGGGCCCAGUGGGUAGCCUGGGGGUGCACACAGCCAUCAUCAGGUCCUGGGAAAGCUGGGUGCCUGGAUUCUAAGGCAUGCAGCCAUUCCCACAUGCCUGGUGUAGAGGCUCAGCCCGAGCUCCUGUGCCCAGCCUGGGGGGCCGUCCUUCUUGUCCGGGCCCUCGGCCCGAAGACCCUGAGGGUGCCGUGGGUGUUGCCUGUGUGUCUAGAGUGGUGACACUUUUCAAGGAACUGAAGUGGGGGAGACUCCAAACUCCAAACAGCCAGCAGAGGAAGCUCCGUGGACACCAGUGUGGGAGAGUGAGGAAAAGUGCACCUUCAGUGAGACCAGAGACGGCGGGCUGGAGACCAAGAGAACGUGGCCUCAGAGCACGGAGCAGCGGCUGUGGGGGAGGGAGUGAGCACCGCUGAGAGCCAGGUUUGGCCAGCGGAGUGUUUGUAGGACCACCUAUCUUCAGACCAGAGGAAGUCACAAGUAGACACAGAGAAAAUGCAGCAGGACAGUCAGAUUUGGGAUGAGCCGUGGACAGAUCCAGGAGUCCCAAAGACGAGGAGAGGCGGCCAAGAAACUAGUCCAACCAAGAGCAGGAGAGUCACCCUGAGCGGAGGAGAGACGGGUUUCCAGGCACAUCCUGUGAGAAACCCCUCCCAGGCUCCUGGCUUCGUUUCUGUUAGGGUGGGCAGGAGCCAUGGUGUGUGCGUCCAGCAACUUUUGUGUUUCCCCCUUGCAACGUCAUAGUCAGUCUCUGAUUGUCCCUUGGUGCCGGGACGGGCCUGUCCCAGUGGUGGGUCUGGGCUGGUCCCACACUGGGGAGCAUCUGGUGACCUGAGGUCAGGGUCAAGACCUGCCAAGCCACAUCUGUGCCGGGAGCGUAGAAAGAGGUCCUCAGCUGCGUCUGCCUGGAAGGGUGCAGAGCGCAGCUCCCUGGGCAGUGCCCCUCACCUCCAGCACAGAGCUGGUGGCGUCUCCUCUGAUGGGCACGUGCAGAAAUUUGGCAGGCAACAGGUAUGGGGUUUAAAAAGGACAGCAGAACACAUACCUGCAGAAGCAGAGCAGAUCUGGUUUUAACCAGGGACCCAGGCUUAUGGAGAGCUGCCUGGAAAGUCACAGGACCGAGGGGCACGAGAUGGGAGCAUCCUGAGACAGGGACGUAGGACAGAGAGAGAUACACCAAGUCUUAAGGGAAACGUCCAGGAGCUAUCGAGAUGCACAAGGCACAGCUGUGCAUGCUGAGCCACCGGCCCUUUAAUGAGGAGAACUGACAGCCUGCAGCAGGCUGGCUCUAGUGGGCCCUGAGUCAGCCCGUCUGUCAGUGCUGGACCCCAGCCCAAGCUGGAGUCCAGCCCUCUUGAGACGGCCACGGUCUCUCUUGAACAUGUAGCUACUUCCUGCAUAAACUAUGCCUUUGUCUGGCUUGUGCUGAAAUUCUUUCCCUCACAUACACCGAGGGCCCUGCUGGUUCUGGAUCAGGUCCCUCCCCUCUGGGAAUCCCUCCAACCCUUCCUGGGAGACCUCUCUUCUCUGUGACAUGGUCAUUGAGACUUGGUCUUAUUUUUCAUUGGGUCUCAGUUUCCUCAGAGGGAUUUAUCCAGGUAAACAUUUAGUAUCAGCAACAACACAGGCAUUUUCUUACUUAACCAAUAAGUAAUUGAGAGUGAUCUUAUCAUUCGAUAGCCCCUGGUUGUUGGGUUGAGUCCAACAGUCUCCCUGCUAGCACACUUUGAAUGAAGGCUCGCAUUGGAGUUGUUGCCAAAGUCAUCCGCUCAGUGGACAUAGGGUUUCUUGGGUCAGCCCUACAGUAUUGUCCCAAGUAGCUGUGGACCGUGAAAUGUUAACUACAGCCAUGCCUUAACUGAAGAGACAGGCCUGCGCAAGAAGAAAAUUAAGUGUAUGUUAGUCAAAACACCCAAUAAGAGCAAUUUAGAGGAGAAAAACUUAUUUGGAGCUCACAGUUUCAGAGGUUCAGUCCAUUGCUCAGCCUGAGGUGAAGCAGUGUCGUGGCACAGGGAUGGCAGAGGACAGCGGUCAGCUCAUGGCAGCCCGGGCGGGGGGAGCCAGGGACAAGACAUAGUCCCCAGGGCAUACGCCAGUGAUCUGUGACCUGAGCCACACCCUACCUGCCUACAGUUACCACCCAGUCGUCCAGUGAAAUUGUUAAUCCAUCAAGUGGAUUAAUCCACUCCUGUUACAGCUCUCAAAAUCUAAUCACUGCCUAAAAACCCCACCUCUGAACCUUUCUGCACUGGGGGUCGUGCUGGCAAAACCUGAGUCUCAUUAUGGGUCCCAACCACAGCUAGGAGAAAGUCUCAGUCUGAUGUGGAGCCUCCUGCGCUGUAGUCCUCAAGUCUCUGGUUAUGGCACUGGGUAGUUUGGGAAAGAUUCAGAGAUGACGCUUGUCCUUCCACAUUUACAUCAAGCUGUGCAACUUCAGCUUAUGGGGCUUUAGGAGAGACCAGCCCCCUCUUAGAUAUCUUAGAUAUUCCAUGGGAGAAAACUGGGUUGGGGGACCCAAGGAGAAUUCAGAACCCAGACCAGUCUGCAGGUAGAUUCAAACAAACUCCAAAACUCAAAAUCCCCAAACAAAUCCUAAGAACGAUGAGCAGAGACACUCUGAUAGCAUGAGCACUGUAGUUUUCUUUAGAAACUUACUCUCUCCAUAGUCAUACCAAUUUUUAUCAAAGAUAAUCAAAGAAAAAUCAAAAUAAGUUUAGUUUUGACUUGAUUAUUCAUGUGAGUACAUUGAUUUACCAUAUAGUAAUCUUGGGUUAUAAACCUCUGAGGCACGGGCACUCUGGUGCUUGCCUGUGACCUCAGCAACUCUGGAGG